AAACUCGAAAAAUAUUCUACUAGUUGCUAACUGAGAAGGUUGCGGUGUUUUACAAAUAGAAAAUAUUGACCUAUCAAAAUGAAUACUUUCGCAUUAUUAGCUGUUCUUCUUUUUGCAUCUGUAUAUGCCGAAUCCAACGAAAGUAGUUCUCUUGAAGAAGAAGACAUUAAAGAAAUAGCUGAAAUGGUUAAAGAAAAGUUCAAUUCUACAAUUGUUUUUGACGUUUUGAGACUGGCCAAACUGACAAAAGAUAAAUGUCCAGAUGUCGAAGAAAAAGCAGAAAAUGCUUUAGGAGAAAUUGCAGAGUGUAUCUCUGACAUCGAACUUGGAUCAGAGACUUUCUGUUCUCUCAUCAGAAACAAUUGGGAAAAAUGCUCGAAACCUGGUUUGGACGCAGUAGCCAGUUGUCUACCGGAAGAAUCGAAAGAUCUUCCCUACAUGUUCUCAAAAAUUAUUGCGGCCAUUGUGGAUGAAGCUUGCAACUCCACCGUUGAAGAAAUUUUAGAAUUGUUCAACCCCUGUGGAUUUGAUGACGAAGAUUCAAGAGAAUUACCUGAGUGUAACGAAAUUGUGAGUACGGUUGCUAGCUACAAGGACAAGCUUCCAUCGAAAAAUCUCAUUUGUUCGUAAGUAUUUAUUGAAUAAAGAAAUAGAGCAUUUGA